UUCAUUCGGCCUCCCAGCUUCGCUUUUAGCCUGCCUUUCUUCGCCGCGCCCUCUUAACGCCUUUCACAUCAACCUUUUGUUUUAACGUCCCUAUCAUUCACUAUGGAGAAGGCCCCGCAGCCCAUGUCUGAUGCCGCCGUUGGUGCGGGCUUCCAGAACCAGCUCCUUGCGCAGUGCGCGAGGGGCCAGCACCAAGUUACGAAGAAGUACGGCGUGUGCGGUAUCAUCUGCGCCGUCUGCCUGUUCCCGAUCGGUCUGCUCUGUCUUCUGUGCGACGUCAAGAAGAAGUGCGAGCGGUGUGGGCAGAUCAUCGAGUAAACGUCAGUGUGAGCGGCGGUUCUACAUAGGCACCUCUGCCGUCGAGGUGCGGGGAUGUUUGGAUAGUGUAUUCUUCUGGGAGGCUUCAGAACUUGUACUGCUUUCACGACGGUCAUUAUCAUUAUUGUUUCCUUUCUUCUUUA